AUGGACAACAAUAAGAUUCAGGAAGCCAUACGACUCUUGGCCGAUGGCGAUAAAGCGAUUCAGAAAGGGUUCUUCAAGAAGCCUGAAUGGGAUGUCGCUGGAUCAAAUUAUGAAAGAGCUGCUAAUUGUUUCAAGGGAGCAUGUGCUUAUGAACAAGCGAUCCAAGCGUACUUGAAAGCUUCGGAUGCGAUGUUCAAGUCAGACUCAGUAUUCAUGGCUGCCAAAGAUAUGGAAUCAGCAGCAAAUUUGGCCGCAAUACAAUUGAAACAACCGGAACGAGCAGCAGACUUAUACCGAAAAGCUAGCGAUCUUUAUCAAGCACAUAUGACCCCAGAUCGAGCAGCAGAAAUGCUAGAAAAAGGGGGAAGAGUUCUGGAACCGAUUAAUGUUGAUGAAGCCAUUAAAAUAUAUUCUGACGCAUGCGCUUUGUAUGAAACGGAAGAUCGAGGACAAUUUGCCAUCGACACUUUUAAAAAGACAAUAGCCGUCAUGGUCAGGAAUAAGAGUCAAGCUGAUAGUAUGUUGCAGCGACUAAGUAGUGUAGUAAUGGGAAUGAAAUACCCGUCGCAUUUAUUUCGAACGUAUUUGAGUAUUGUUAUCGUCUUGCUGGCAAUGAAUGAUGAUGUGGAAGCAAAGAAACGGUUGCAGAGAUUUUCAAACUAUGAUUUUGUUCAAUCCGAAGAAGCAGCUAUUGCGCAUUCACUCAUUACAGCAUUCGAACAAGGUGAUCAGGAUUUACUAGAGGAGACGGUGAAAAGACGUACCGUAAGCUAUCUAGAUAAUGAAAUUGCAAAGCUUGCAAGAAAUUUGGUGGUGCCUGGUGGAGUAAAAAAAUCGAAUCCAUUGCCCACAGCAAAACCAGUUCAGCCACCAACACAGAAAUAUGAUAAACCGGGUAAUGGUUAUCCGAAUGAGCAAAGCAAGGACUAUUUGCCGUCAUAUUAUACGUCUGACAUGGAAGGAUCGCCGUUAUUCAGCUCUGGCGAUCGAUCCCCUAACGGGCAGGUUUUUCCCGCUGAGAAGGCAGGAAGUGGAAGUAAUUACAUAGAAGAUAAUGAUGGAGGGUUAUGCUAA